CCCGAAGGAGCUAGUUGUGUAGCAAGCGGUUCUAUCUGGCUCAGCCAUGGACCGGAAGGUGGCCCGAGAAUUCCGUCACAAGGUGGAUUUUCUGAUUGAAAAUGAUGCAGAAAAGGACUAUCUCUACGAUGUGUUGCGGAUGUACCACCAAACCAUGGACGUGGCCGUGCUUGUGGGAGACCUGAAGCUGGUCAUCAACGAGCCCAGCCGCCUGCCCCUGUUUGACGCCAUCCGGCCCCUGAUCCCGCUGAAGCACCAGGUGGAGUACGACCAGCUAACCCCCCGGCGCUCCAGGAAGCUGAAAGAGGUGCGUCUGGACCGGCUGCACCCCGAAGGCCUCGGCCUCAGCGUGCGUGGUGGCCUCGAGUUCGGCUGCGGGCUCUUCAUCUCCCACCUAAUCAAAGGUGGCCAGGCAGACAGCGUCGGGCUCCAGGUAGGGGAUGAGAUCGUCCGGAUCAAUGGGUAUUCCAUCGCCUCCUGCACCCAUGAGGAGGUCAUCAACCUCAUCCGCACCAAGAAGACUGUGUCCAUCAAAGUGAGACACAUCGGCCUGAUCCCUGUGAAGAGCUCUCCCGAUGAGCCCCUCAAAUGGCAGUAUGUGGAUCAGUUUGUGUCGGAAUCUGGGGGUGGGCAGACCAGCCUGGGCUCCCCCAGCAGUCAGGAAAACAAGGAGAAGAAGGUCUUCAUCAGCCUGGUGGGCUCCCGGGGCCUUGGCUGCAGCAUUUCCAGCGGCCCCAUCCAGAAACCUGGCAUCUUCAUCAGCCACGUGAAGCCUGGCUCCCUGUCUGCUGAGGUGGGGCUGGAGCCGGGGGACCAGAUUGUCGAAGUCAAUGGCAUCGACUUCUCCAACCUGGACCACAAGGAGGCCGUGAACGUGCUGAAGAGUAGCCGCAGCCUGACCAUCUCCAUCGUAGCUGGAGCUGGCCGGGAGCUGUUCAUGACAGACCGGGAGCGGCUGGAAGAGUUCCGGCAGCGCGAGCUGCAGCGACAGGAGCUUCUGAUGCAGAAGCGGCUGGCGAUGGAAUCCAACAAGAUCCUCCGGGAGCAGCAGGAGAUGGAGCGGCAGAGGAAAAAGGAAAUUGCCCAGAAGGCAGCAGAGGAAAAUGAGAGAUACCGGAAGGAGAUGGAACAGAUCGUGGAGGAGGAAGAGAAUUUUAAGAAGCAGUGGGAAGAAGACUGGGGCUCAAAGGAACAGCUCCUGUCGUCUAAAACCAUCACCACCGAGUUGCACCCAGUACCCCUUCGCAAGCCAAAGUAUGAUCUGGGAGUGGACCCCGAGUUUGACCCAGCAGAUGACCUGGACGGAGGCACGGAAAAGCAGGGAGAGCAGGAUUUCCGGAAAUACGAGGAAGGCUUUGACCCCUACUCCAUGUUCACCCCGGAGCAGAUCGUAGGAAAGGAUGUCCGGCUCCUGCGCAUUAAGAAGGAGGGAGCCUUAGACCUGGCCCUGGAAGGCGGUGUGGACUCCCCGAUCGGGAAGGUGGUUGUCUCGGCUGUUUACGAGGGCGGAGCCGCUGAGCGGCACGGUGGCAUUGUGAAAGGGGAUGAGGUCAUGGCCAUCAAUGGCAAGAUCGUGACGGACUACACCCUGGCUGAGGCUGAGGCUGCCCUGCAGAAGGCCUGGAAUCAGGGGGACUGGAUCGACCUUGUCGUUGCCGUCUGUCCCCCCAAGGAGUAUGACGAUGAGCUGACCUUCUUCUGAAGUUCAGAGGAGAAACCAAGCCCACCGGGAGAAGCCAGUGAGCUCCGGACCCACCCUCCUGGACACCAUGCCUGGAGCCAGCUGAGCCACCGCAGCCUGCAGGCACCCUGGAAACCCACCAGCACCCAGGGAUUGCAGACUCCCUCUGGCCCUGAAGUAGGGCUGCAUAGGAACACUUCGGGCCACCCCUCUGAAGGCCAGCAUGGAGGGAGGGAGCAGCUAGCCGUUCUGAAGAGGCCCCUGCGAUCUAGACUCUCCUGUCAUUCCUCUGGCUUUGUGAAUCUGGGAGCCUUCUCCCUUGAACU